UUUCCGUUCGGCGAAGACUAACAGUCAUGGCUUCCUCUACUCCACCCAACUUCUCCUGGGUGGAGCCUGGAAAACUGGCUGGACUGGCUAUGCCCAGGAUGCCAUGUGAAUACAGGUACCUGCUGGACAACGGGAUUAAACACCUUGUUUGUCUGUGUGAGAGGAAACCACCGAACCACGACUCCUGCCCCGAGUUACAGCUUCACCACAUUAAGAUAGUCGACUUCACUCCUCCUUCACCCGGUCAGAUCGAUAGAUUUCUGUCUAUCGUGGAAGAGGCCAACUCCAAAGGAGAGGGUGUGGCCGUUCACUGCAUGCACGGCCACGGAAGAACGGGGACCAUGCUGGCCUGCUACCUGGUGAAGACGAGGAAAAUGGCAGGGGUCGACGCCAUCAAAGAGAUCCGCCAAAUUCGCAGGGGCUCCAUCGAAACCCACGAACAGGAAAAGGCAGUGGUGCAGUUUCAUCAGCGCAUAAAGUAACUUGAUCAUGAAAACAGGCAGUCCGGCCUACACUGGAACCACAGACCUCAUUUAUGUGCAAACUAACAUUAACUGAAAAUCAAAGGUAUCGCUGUUUUAGAUUCAAAUGAAUGAUCAAUUCUAACGUUUACGUGAUUCAGACAAACAUUUCUGCUCUAAGACAUGCAGACCUUGAAGGUUGUGCCUUGCAAAAGUUAAUAAUUGCAGUUUGUCACUUUACAACCACUAAGAUUUUAUGGAAACACUUUUUCCAAGACUUUCAAAUGUUAAGUAUAAUUACGUCUUGACUUUGACUCAUUUUAAAACACAGAAAUGCUUUGAUCCGAAUCCUUUGUUCUGCUCGUAUGUUUAGACUCAUUGUUCUGUUCCUGCGUAAAAUCUUUGCUCUACUUUCUGGUUUUUAAUCAAAGUCUACAACUGUUCUUUAUGCGUGGGUCAUUAUGAUGCGCUUCAGAAAAUAAUGGUAUCUAAAUAAUACAGAGUUUUAGUUACGCACUGCUAUAAUCCUAUUUACUUAAUCAUCUAAAAUGUAGAUGCAUUUCUAAAUUGUUUGUUUACCCUUAUGUUAGUCUAUCACAUAAAAUCUUGUUAAAGUUUAAUGAACUUUAUCUUUUUAAAUUGACAUUUUUUCAAGAUGCUUUUUUUUGUCUGUUUCAAAAUGAAAGUUAAUUUUUUUAUAUAAAAAAACAGGAAACUUAGUUUAUGCACUUGUUGUCAGUGAGAAAAGACGCUGACGCUCUCUGAAUGUCAGCUUCUCAGGAGCAGACGCCCUGCUCAUGUUUCCCUCCAGGUUCCUGCAAAAGGAAAAAUUUACUCAUUUACUUGAAAUUAAGGGUUUGGAUGAAAACAACUUGUUUUAUAGUAACAGACAUGAAGCCAGGGUGUGAGAAUUUACAUUACUCAGGGACAUUUUUUUUAUGCCAUUACAGAUUGUGUUAAAAACUUUGCUUUAUUGCUGGUUCCAGACUACGGUGGCCCAGAGGUGUAUGUCUUGGGAGGGUGACAUGGUAAAGCCAUGCUUUCAUCUCUUUUCUCUCUGGGCUCAGAGUCCAGAUUGACGUUAACAUUUAGUUCUAACUCUCCGUCUAUCAACCAGUUAAAUCUAAAACAGCUGAAGACAUCUCCAUGGUAACCACAGACUCCAUUUGUGUUUUUAUAGUCAGGCCUUCAUUUCUGUAGUUCAAGUUCAGCACAGAAACUUUUUCCACACAAUCACCCGACUAUACAACUUAUGUGUUUAUAGUUUGUAAUUGAUCAGCCUGUCUUUAUUAGCAGAGGUCAGAGGUCACCCCUAUUGGAACACAGAGCACCAUCAGCUCCAUUGUAUGUCACUUCUGUUGUGCUAUUUAAAUUUUUCGGUGAGGGUUUUGUUUUAAGCCUGAGACCUCUGGGCCACCGUACCGGACCCCAACGUGGAGCUGGACCUGCUGGAAAGUUUAAACUCACUCAUCUGGAGCGAAGUUGUUCAGACCCUUUUUUCUUUGAUCUGCCAAAGACAUAAAAACGUUUUAUUUUGUCAUGUAAAGGAAAUGUGUAACAGAAUCACAAUAAAAGUCUGAAAUUUC